AUGGAUGACAUGGAUUGGUCUGACUUUGAUAACAUCAACUUCCUUAAGGCAGAGAUUCUAAUACUAAAUUUCUCUUCAGAUAAGUAUGUUUUGCCUCCUUUCCUUGUGAUUAUCAACAACAUCAUAUCUCCUGCUGUUCUCCAUAACUUUUCAGUGUUUUGCCAAUUUGUCAAAACUAAAGAAUCUCUGACUCGAGAGAAUUCACGUCCCUGA